AUGGGCAUUUGCUAAACCAAAAAACAAAUUUAAAACACUAUGAACACCAAUCCAACUUCGUAAUAUUCAUCCAACCCUUCAAUUCUAGAAAAAAUAACUAAUCCAAAAAAAAAAAAUUAAUAACCUCAUAUGAAUAUUGUUGUUUCAUCUGAACCAAAACAAUACGAUCCAUAAAGUAACUAAUUGUCCUUAUUCAAGAUCCUCAUAGAUAAUUUAAUGUUAUUAUAAAUGGUGUGAGAUUUGAGAUAAUCAACUCAAUUGAAAACUGUAUUGUUUCUAAUGAGGAGUUAGAGGAGUGA